AUGUCUGAAGAAAAAAAUCCGUUAUCCGUUCAAACGGUCACUGCGACGAAUGACUCGAUUUACGAUGAUAUUGACUUGAAUGACAAUACAACAGCUGAAAUUCGUUAUCAAACCGCAAAUGAUACUGAAAAUAUCUCGCCCCCAGUUGCAAUCGAGCAUAAACAAGUCGAAAAGCAAGACGACACGAUUUUUAAAGUGAAAGUUUGCGAAUUCGAGAAACGCGGCGGAUUUUUCGAUGUGCAUUUUGUUUUUCGAGUCGAGACUCAGGUGGAAGGCGUUGUUGGGUUCACGAGAAAGCGCUACGACACAUGGCGCCGCUUCAAUGAUUUUCUGGUUCUCCACGAGAAAAUUGUUGACAAAUAUCAGCAGAAAGGGAUUAUCAUUCCGCAACCGCCAGAGAAAAAAGUAUCCGUUAUGGCGAAAGCGAUGGCAAGCUCAAACAACUUCACCGAUCCCCAGCUGCUCCAACGCGCUCGUCAACUGGAGCGGUUCAUGAACCGCCUAAUUCAACAUCCACGUAUCCGUGCCGAUUGUGAUAUUCGUGACUUUCUCACACUCGAUACAGAACUUCCUUCAACAAAUCCAACGCCUGCACUCGCUGGUAUUAAAAUGAUGAAAGCGAUCAGAGUGUGCCAAGAGACUUUUGAGAAAUUGAUGGCUCCUAUUGGAGAAGAAGUUGAUCAAUGGUUUGAAAUCACUAAUGCGAUGUUCGAAGAUUUCGAUUCGAAUAUUCGAAAGUUGUAUAGUGAGUCACAGGCACUAAUGGCUCAUCGAAAAGAUAUGGCUGCUAGUGGAGAGAAGUUCGCACUGAAUUUGUCAUUACUUGCCGCAUCUGAGGAAUCCAUGACGCUCUCCCUUGCUCUAGCCGCUCUCACUGAAACCUACGAGAAAGCUUCUUCCAUUUGGAAUAAACAAUCUGAGAUCAAUGAUGCACGUUUCUCCGAAUCGAUUGACGAGUACAUUUCACUAUUGAGCUCUUUGAGAGAUGUCUUCUCUGACCGUGUUCAUGUAUGGCAUCAGUGGAAGAAGUUUCAAAGGGCGUUCGAGGAGAAACGAGCCAAGAAAACAGAAGUAGAGUUGACAGGAAAUUGGAAGCAAGACGAAUUGAAUAAAUUGAGCUUGGAUAUUCUGGAAAAUAAGCAGAAAAUGAUUGAAUUCGAGAAAAAAUUUGAUCAGGUUAGCAAGUCGAUUCAGGAAGAAGUGGAACGUUUCGAAACUGGAAGAAAAGACGAUAUGAAGAAUAUGUUGAUUGAAUAUCUUGAAGAUAUGAUCAAGUGUCAUACUGAGUUGAGCAAACUCUGGCAGCAGUUCGAACCGUACGCGCAUAAAAUUCAAAACUAA